AUGCCAUUACGAUACAGUGCCGCUAGGACCUCUAGUGUUUCCAAGAGUCGCCUGCCUUCCAAGUCUCCUAUCAAGAAGUUUCAAAAAGAAGCCAAGAUGUUAUUGCCAUCGCAAAGAGUGUACAAGAACAAUCUUAGUAAUCAGAAUUCAUCUUUGCCGCCCUCGUCACCUUCGAAGCCAGACACGGAGAAGCUUUUGGCGUUAGACUAUAACGUUCAGCUAGACUACCAGCUAUCUUCUCAGGAUGAUGUUCUCGUUGCGGUGGAUACUGUACUAUCGAAUCGAUGGUCCGAUUGUACCGAGCUCCAUAAUCGUUACAGGACAGGAGCUGAUGUAGCUACGGAAGAAGAGAGGAUCUUUUCCAUCAAAGGGCUCUCGUCAGCUUUGAAAGCAGAGUUGGUUCAAUACAGACAGGCACUACCUCAAGGCUUGAUCACAAUCACUCAGUUGUAUGCAAUCUUUCACAACCAGGGACCCACAUUUGUCGACAAGUCAUUAGAGUUGAAUAUUCGACUGGGCAAGUUGCGCAAGUUUGUAAUUAGCAAUGCAUCACCGAUUAUACUGAGGUCACUCAACAAGUUCCAGCUGAAGAGGGUGACUUACGGGUUUGAAGAUAUGGAGAUUAUUGCAAAGGUUGACUGUUACCAUGAACUUAUGGAGAGUUUAAUACCGGGAUUAGAAGAGAAGAGCCCACAAAAGCAAGCUCUAUCCAAAUUCCACGAGUUCAUCAAGUCACAUCCUACAGAGAUGUUUAUCUCAACUUCAGAUUUCACAAAUGAGGAGGUUACAAACUUAGUCCGAUUGGGGUUCGUUACCCUCACUUCAAACCAUUUCAAUGAAAUUGAACAAAACUAUUCUAUUUCCUACCCAGGUUGUGGAUCCUACCUCAAGUUGGUUAAUGAAGGUCGCAAUUGGUUAGUCAAGACUUUAAAUAAAGUUAAAUACAAAGAGGCCCUUGAAGAAGAUCUCUUCACGAGGUGGCUGGGCAUAAAUAUGGAGGGCGGAUUAAAACUCAACAAUUUUCGAAAUCCCUUUUACGGUUAUGAUCUACACUGGGUACUAGCAGAUGCACUAGGUGCUGGAAUAGUGGAGGUUUUCAACACCCCAGUUGGUCGAGGAUGGCGUCUUACAGGCAAAGUUUGA